GACGGAUGCGAUCCAGCCCAAACCCCCAGCAUCCCGGCAUUCAUGGUGACACAUUCAUGGGUUCAGAGCAGGUGGAGAUGCGUAAGAGACAGAUGCAGAUUCACCAGGAAGCUGCUGCCAGUGUCCUCCAAGCACGCCACAGAAUGGGCAACACCCCCGCCAACGCCUCAAACGCCUGCUGCUUCUGCUGGUGCUGCUGCUGUAGCUGUUCCUGUUUGACUGUUAGGAGUGAAGACGAGACAAUUCAGAGAACGACGUAUGAGAGGAGGACAGAGGGAUCCACUAAUUGUGAUGACAGCACCAAGCCCAGCCUGGAGGAUGCGCACUCCUGGUCCACCUCAUUUGAGAAGCUCAUGAAAAGUGCGGCUGGACGAAGCUGCUUCAGGCAGUUCCUGCGCACAGAGUUCAGCGAGGAGAACAUGAUGUUCUGGUUGGCCUGUGAGGAGCUCAAAAAGGAGACCAACAAGACCGUGGUGGAGGAGAAGGUCCGGCAAAUAUACGAGGACUUCAUCUCGAUCCUCUCCCCCAAAGAGGUUAGCCUGGACUCACGCGUUCGAGAUGUGAUAAACCGCAACAUGCUGGAACCGACGUCGCAUACGUUCGAUGACGCUCAGCAGCAGAUCUACACGCUGAUGCAAAGGGACUCAUAUCCACGCUACAUGAACUCGACAGUGUAUGCGGAUCUUCUAAAGAGCCUGGAAGAGCCUCCUCAAGAGCCAUAG